GCUGGGCAGGCGGGAGGCAGCGGCUGUGAGAACUGGCUUCCGGGGCCUUCCGAGGCUCGGAACACGUCCCAUCCGUCGCCUCUCAGUAGGGGACCGCGCCGCGGAGUCGCCUCCAAGCCUCUAGGGCUCAAUGAAGCUGCCUGAUAUCAGAGUUGGCAUUUGUAUUUCCCGUGCCUGAAGCUCGCUUGGAUAAGUGCCUUCAUCCAUGAUUGAUACCCUUGUGACAGGCUCCUGAGGCUCCUGGCCAGAAGCUGGAGGGGGCUUGGCCAACAGAAGGAGAAACGACCCAGCUGUGCUUUGUAGCUCUGAGAUAGAAAAUGUCUGCAGACUGUGGAAGCACGCAGGCUCCACAGGACAAAGAGAGAGCCCGAGAGGUAUGGACAUGGUGCCAGGUUCCAGGUCAGGGGCAUCCUUGUCAAGAAGAGCUUUCCGAGUCAAAGGACAUGGUGCCUUUUGGAGCCACUCAGGAGUCACCCUACAUUAAAACAGAGAUGCAAGAGCUGCACCCUGAGGGGGUGUCACAGGAGGAAAGGGCUCAAGGAGCUUGGAGCUGGAGGUGCCUGAGCCAGGGCUCUAAGGAGAAAGCUCUUUUUCUACCUGGUGGAGCCCUCCCCUCCCCCCAGAUCCCUGUGCUUUCCCAGGAGGGGAGGACCAGAGACCGGCAGAUGGCUGCAGCGCUCCUCACUGCCUGGUCCCAGGGAUGGACCCAAGGGCCAGGGCCAGAGGGGAAUGUGCUGGAGAGCCUGAGCUUUGGCUGUGGUGUCAGAAAAGAAGGCCUCUUGUUUUUGUCUCCUGUCUUCUGCUGUACACAGUCGCCUUAUUGUCCCCAAAAGCCAUCCUUGGGCAACUCCUGCUUCACCCACAGACCCGGGCAGCAGAUGCCAGUGACCUUUGAGGAUGUGGCUCUGUACCUCUCCCGGGAGGAGUGGGGGCGGCUGGACCACCCGCAGCAGAGUCUCCACCGGGAUGUCCUGCAGAAGCGAAAUGGGCUGGCCUUGGGAAUGGCGGAGGUGAGAAAGGAAGAGCCGACCUCAUCCCCAGCAGUCCCUGGGGAUGGGAAGUCCUUCAGGACCAGGGCAGGGAGAGCCCAGGAGGAUGUCCCGCAGUGUGCGCAGCAAGCAGCCACCGGCCAGAGAUGGGGGCCGGCCAGAGAUGCCGAGCAGCCAGGCCCCCAGGAGGAGAGACAGCUGGAACCAGGCCUGUCUGACAGCGGCCUCCCAGAAAGGCCCAGCGAGGGGGGAACGGGCACCCCCGAGAGCAGCGGGGAGGGCCCGGUCCCUGACGGCGACGCCUGCAAGAAGACCUACAGGUGCGAUCAGUGUGGCAAGGGCUUCAGCUGGCACUCCCACCUGGUGACGCACCGGCGCACCCACACGGGUGAGAAACCCUAUGCCUGCACGGACUGUGGCAAGCGCUUUGGCCGCAGCUCGCACCUCAUCCAGCACCAGAUCAUCCACACGGGCGAGAAGCCCUACACCUGCCCCUCCUGCUGGAAGAGCUUCAGCCACCACUCUACGCUGAUCCAGCACCAGCGCAUCCACACGGGUGAAAAGCCCUACGUGUGCGACCGCUGUGCCAAGCGCUUCACCCGCCGCUCGGACCUGGUCACCCACCAGGGCACGCACACAGGUGCCAAGCCCCACAAGUGUCCCAUCUGCAGUAAGUGCUUCACACAGAGCUCAGCCCUGGUCACCCAUCAGCGCACUCACACAGGGGUCAAGCCCUACCCGUGCCCCGAGUGCGGCAAGUGCUUCAGCCAGCGCUCCAACCUCAUCGCACACAACCGUACGCACACGGGGGAGAAGCCCUAUCACUGCCUUGACUGUGGCAAGAGCUUCAGCCACAGCUCACACCUCACUGCCCACCAGCGCACCCACCGUGGUGUCCGGCCCUACUCCUGCCCUCUCUGUGGCAAGAGCUUCAGCAGGCGCUCCAACCUGCACAGGCAUGAAAAGAUCCAUACCACAGGGCCCAAGGCCCUGGCCAUGCUGAUGCUGGGGGCGGCAGGUGCUCUCGCAGCGCCCCCAUCUACUCCCACCUAGGAGGCCGCGAGGGAGGCGCCAGGUGCUGGGGAAGAGUAAGGGUAGCUGAAUGGCAGUGAGAAGGAGUGAAGGGAGUUUGGGAGGUGCUGGCAUGGGGUGGGGCAUGGCAACAUGGGAACGAGUUAGGGUGAAGAGCAGGCAGGCUAGCUGUAAAUUAAAGGCCUUGGAAUUCAA